CCAAUUAGAAAAUGACAUUUAUUACCCAGGAACAGAAGUUGUAUCACAUAGUGUAAUAAAUUCCUUAUUGAUGGAGGAGUUUAGGACCCAGAGGGAGCCGGCGGGUGAGUGGCCCGGAAGAAAGAGAAGCGAGUGGGGCUCUAUGGCUCUGGAAAGACUGUCCAGUUGACUCCGGAUCUGGCUUUCUUGCAUCUUUGAUUCCUGCUGGGCAUUGGCUUAAUCCCUGCAAUGCUUUAGACUGAGAGCAGGCAUUUGUAAUACAUAGAUGGCAUUAAAUGCUGAAGCCCAAGAAGCCCUGCAGCUUUAAAUAAGGGUCUCGGGCUCUUUGCAGAGGCAAUGGAGGCAGGCAAUCUGAUUUCCUAGAGGAAGAGGAAGAAAGUCGGGAUAUGGGAUUUCUUCCCCUCCUGAAUGGAAGCCACCAGGAUUUCCCAUUUUAAACUCUAAAAUGUCCAAGAUGGAGAGGGAGGAAGAAAUAAGCAGAACAACUCCCCAAAAUCCCAGGGAAAGCAAUAAUCCAGAUGACAUUAGGUCAGAAAUGAGUCUCACAGAGGACACCAUGGCUUCUGCUGCCAUUACUGUUGCCACAGCCGCAGUAGCGGCAGUCAAGACUGUCAUAGGGAUCCAUGCUCGCAUUUUCACAAGGCUGGCCACUCGCCGGAAAUUGCACCGACGAAACAGUGACGACAUGGAGGAGCUGGAGAAGAUGGUGGAAAAUGCAGCCACCUUGCGCCUCCGGGCGGUUGUGGAAUCUAGCAUAGACUCUUUGAGGAGCAUGCUGUGUUCCUGCCUCUUCCAGUCACCCGCGGUCCUCGCCGGACUCAUAGACGAGCUUUACAUCAUGGAGAGGGCUUUCUGGGUGCAGCCGGGCCGAUCCGAAUGGUGGGAAAAGGUGGUCUUGCCCCACUGGGGGGACCCGCUCUGGCAGGAAAACUUCAGGAUGAGCCGUCGGACUUUUAUGGAGCUGUGCGACAUGCUGAGGCCCGUCCUGGAGCGGCAGACCACAAACAUGCGAGCCCCAAUCACCGUCGAGAAGCAGGUGGCCAUCGCGAUCUGGAAGCUGGCCACUCCAGAUAGCUACCGUUCAGUGGCGGAGUGUUUCGGCGUUGGGCGCUCCACGGUUUCGAGGAUCGUCAUGGAGGUUUGCCAAGCUCUCUACGACGUGUGCCACCACGUGGUCCACCUGACCCAUCCUCAGGCGGUGAUGAAAGGCUUUGCAGCCAAGGGAUUUCCACACUGCAUUGGGGCCAUCGAUGCGACGCACAUCCCGAUCAUCGCUCCGGCUCACAGAGCAACCGAGUACAUCAAUAGCAAGGGCUAUUACUCCAUGGUCUUGCAAGCCUUGGUGGACCACCAAGGACAGUUCACCGAUGUCUACGCAGGGCGAUCUGGGAAAGUCCAUGAUGCGAGGAUCUUCCGUAGCUCUCCCAUCUUCCGCGCCAUGAAUCAGGGCACAUUUAGUCCUGACAGGACGAUGAACAUGGAGGGCGAGGAAGUGAAGCCCGUGAUCCUUGGAGACUUGGCUUACCCACUUCUGCCCUGGUUGAUGACUCCCUACAGCGGCCACUUGGACACCCGUAAACAACUGUUCAACGACACUCUUGGUCGCUGCCGGACAGUUGUGGACUACGCUUUUGAGCGCCUCAGGGGCCGUUGGCGGUGCCUCCUCUCCCGCUUAGACGUGAGGGAGCGCUAUGCUCCCAGGGUCAUUGUGGCCUGCUGCAUCCUACACAACAUUUGCGAGGCCAAAGGAGAGCCCCUCCAGGACGGGUGGGAAGAGGUAGUGAGGUCCGUCUCCAGAUCUUACCAGCAGCCGGAACGACAGCCCAUGUAUGUGUCAAACCCACAUGCUCGGGAGGUCAGGGAUCUUUUUAGUUCAUACAUGGAACAGAGAGAACGGAGAAUGCAGGUCUAACUCUCUCCUCCUUUUUCUCCAGAGAAAUUCUUGUAUUUUUGCACAAUCUAUAUAUAUAAAAGAGUGAUGGCAUCAGGGCAGCGGACAAAACAACAAAACUACAGGCCCCCAACCUCGAAAUUUGACAACACAACCCAUCAUUCACGGCUCUAGGUUGAUACAACAAAAAGAAAAGAAAAAUAAAGUCCUAAUUACAGGGAGAGGAAUAAUAGUUUUUAUCCAAUUGCUGCCAGCUUGAAGGCUAAGCUCCACCCACUUGGUCUCCUAGCAACUCACUCAGCCCAGGGGACAGGCACAGCUAGGCCUCACUUAGGCUUCUUCCACAGAUUAUCAGAUUUUAACUGGAUUAUAUGGCAGUGUAGACUCAAGGCCCUUCCAAACAGCUAUAUAACCCAUUUAGAAUCUUAUAUUAUCUGCUUUGAACUGGAUUAUCUUGACUCCACACUGCCAUAUAAUCCACUUCAGUGUGCAUACUAAACAUAAAGACAACUAUACAACAGACAUUCAAUACCACCACUACCUCAACAAUUUCUCAACAACACCACCAGACAACGCCACAGCAACGCGUGGCUGGGCACAGCUAGUACCUUUAUAAGACACAAUAGAAGUAAGGGGGAUGAUUUUAUUUAUUUAUCAGAAGCGAACUGAGGGUAUAAUGUGUUUAAAAAACACAGUCAAAGCUUGACAUUAUACUAGAUUUCCCUUGAACAGAAGCUGGCCCCUUGGAGUGGCUCUGGUGUCGCUGUAAGAAAGUCCUCCAUUGUGCAUUGUAGCAGGGCUCAGACUGCAUUGGAGUACUGUAUAUACUCGAGUAUAAGCCCUUUUUUAAGACUGAAAAAGCCCCCCUCGGCUUAUACUCGGGUGAGGGUCCUGGUUGGCUUAUAUUUGGGUCAGCAUAUACUUGAGAAUAUAUGGUACAUUUAUUAUUUUUCUCUAUUUUUACAGUAGAGUCUCACUUAUCCAAGCUAAAUGGGCCAGCAGAACGUUGGAUAAGCGAAUAUGUUGGAUAAUAAGGAGGGAUUAAGGAAAAGCCUAUUAAACAUCAAAUUAGGUUAUGUUUUUACAAAUUAAGCACCAAAACAUGAUGUUAUACCACAAAUUUGACAGAAAAAGUAGUUCAAUACACAGUAAUGCUAUGUAGAAAUUACUGUAUUUAUGAACUUGGCACAAAAAUAUAAUGAUGUAUUGAAAACAUUGACUACAAAAAAGCAUUGGAUAAUCCAGAAUGUUGGAUAAGUGAGACUCUACUGUAUUGGUAUUAUUACAUUUACUAUUUUUCUCUAUUAUUAUUGCUACUAUUACAUUUAUUUUACUCUAUUUUUAUUAUUAUUAUUAAUAAUACAUUUAUUAUUUCACUCUGAUCUUAUUAUAUUUAUUAUUUUACUCUAUAUAUUACUACAUGUAUUAUUUUCCUGUAUUUAUUAUUAUUAUUAUUAUUAUUAUUAUUAUUAUUAUUAUUAUUAUUAUUAUUAUUAUUACUGUGUAUACUCGAGUAUAAGCCUAGAUUUUCAGCCCUUUUUUAAGACUGAAAAAGCCCCUCUCAGCUUAUACUCGGGUGAGGGUCCUGGUUGGCUUAUAUUUGAGUCAGCUUAUACUCGAGAAUAUAUGGUACAUUUAUUAUUUUUCUCUAUUAUUAUUGGUAUUAUACAUUUAUUAUUUUUCUCUAUUAUUGUUGCUACUAUUACAUUUAUUUUACUCUACUUUUAUUAUUAUUAAUACAGUAGAGUCUCACUUAUCCAAGCCUCGCUUAUCCAAGUUUCUGGAUUAUCCAAGCCAUUUUUGUAGUCAAUGUUUUCAAUAUAUCGUGAUAUUUUGGUGCUAAAUUCGUAAAUAUAGUAAUUGCAACAUAACAUUACUGCGUAUUGAACUGCUUUUUCUGUCAAUUUGUUUGUAAAACAUGAUGCUUUGGUGCUUAAUUUGUAAAAUCAUAACCUAAUUUGAUGUUUAAUAGGCUUUUCCUUAAUCCCUCCUUAUUAUCCAACAUAUUCGCUUAUCCAAGCUUCUGCCGGCCCGGUUAGCUUGGAUAAGUGAGACUCUUCUGUAAUACAUUUAUUAUUUCACUCUGAUCUUAUUAUUAUAUUUAUUAUUUUACUCUGUUUAUUACAUGUAUCAUUUUCCUGUAUUUAUUAUUAUUAAUAUUACAUGUAUUAUUUUACUCUAUUAUUAUUAAAAGGAUACAUAAGUACAUUUACAUUGAAGAAGAUGAGAAUAAUGAUUUAAUCAGAGUUGGACAAUCUUAUCUUAAAUUAGAGCUUUAUGUAAAUAUUCAAAAACAUUUAACCUACUGAUGCCUCAAUUAAUGUAAUUUUAUUGGUAUCUGUUUUUAUUUCUGAAAUUUACCACUCUCGGCUUAUACUGGAAUCAAUGUUUUCCCAGUUUUUUUGUUGUAAAAUUAGGUGCCUCGGCUUAUAUUUGGGUCGGUUUAUACUCGAGUAUAUAUGGUAAGUGGAUUGUAACAUAACCGGAUGUCCCCUGGGCAAUGUAUUUGUACACGGCUGAUUCUCUCACACUAGAACCAGAUCUACCCUUGCACUUUGCUAAUCUGCUGCUGAAUACAUAUGCCUAGUGGUUUCCAUGGCUGAGGGGAGAUUCAGAUUGGAGACCAGCACUGUAGAAUUAAUGCAGUUUGAAACCACUUUAACUGCCAUGGCUCCAUGCUGUCGAAUCACGAGAGCUUUAGGGGCUCUUUGGAAAAGAAGGAUAAAGACCUUGUACAUCUACAACUCCCAUGAUUCCAUAGCAUUAAGCCAUGGUAGUUAAAGCAGGGUCAAGCUGCAUUAAUUCUAUAGUGUAGAUGCACCCUUAGAAUGCAAUUUACCCAAUUUGAUGGCAAGUACCUGCAUUUCAAGUGAUUUCAACUCUAUGUAACAAAAUUUGAAAAAAUUAUGUUGCUGGUUUGACAGUGUUAUUUCCUGUUUAAUUGUGUGCUACUCACUUUGAAAGUACAGUAGAGUCUCACUUAUCCAACACUCACUUAUCCAACGUUCUGGAUUAUCCAAUGCAUUUUUGUAGUCAAUGUUUUCAAUACAUUGUGAUAUUUUGGUGCUAAAUUUGUAAAUACAGUAAAUACUACAUAGCAUUACUACGUAUUGAACUACUUUUUCUGUUAAAUUUGUAUAACAUGAUGUUUUGGUGCUUAAUUUGUAAAAUCAUAAAGUAAUUUGACGUUUAAUAGGCUUUUCCUUAAUCCCUCCUUAUUAUCCAACAUAUUCGCUUAUCCAACAUUCUGCCGGCCCGUUUAUGUUGGAUAAGUGAGACUCUACUGUAGUUGUUAUACUCCAGAGAUGUCAUUUUUGGGGCUGUUAGAAAAUAUUGUUGGGAUUCUGUGAGAUAUUCAUUGAAAAACUAGAGCAAAAUGUGCUGCAGGAUGUCCCGCAAAAACAAGGUUUUUUUCUGGUUUAAUAAACUUUUUUAUGAUAGAAUCAAUAAAGAAAUGGCAUUUAUAACCCA